AUGGCCAGCUUCUUCGAUCUCAAGGCGCGGAAGCAGACGGCUGCGAGCGGCGCCUCGAGCAAGAACGAAAAGCAGACGACGGAGACACCGCGGGCACAGCCAUGGGUGGAGAAAUACCGGCCAAAGUCGCUCAGCGAUGUGACCGCCCAGGACCACACCGUCACCGUGCUGCAGCGGACACUGCAAGCAUCUAACCUUCCACACAUGCUCUUCUACGGCCCGCCCGGUACCGGCAAGACGUCGACGAUUCUCGCCCUCGCCAAGGAGCUGUACGGCCCCGAAUUCAUAAAGGCCCGCGUGCUCGAGCUCAACGCCUCCGACGAGCGCGGCAUUGCCAUUGUCCGCGAAAAGGUCAAGGACUUUGCCCGCAUGCAGCUGACCAACCCGCCGCCGGGCUACAAGGCCCGCUACCCCUGCCCCCCCUUUAAGCUCAUUGUGCUCGACGAGGCCGACUCCAUGACGCAGGACGCCCAGAGCGCGCUGCGCCGGACCAUGGAGACGUACAGCAAGAUCACGCGCUUCUGCCUGAUUUGCAACUACGUCACGCGCAUUAUUGACCCGCUGGCCAGCCGGUGCAGCAAGUUCCGCUUCAAGAGCCUGGACCAGGGCAACGCGCGCGCGCGCCUGGAGUACAUUGCCGCCGAGGAGGGCGUGCCGCUGGCCGACGGCGCUGUGGACGCGCUCAUCCGGUGCAGCGAGGGCGACCUGCGCAAGGCCAUCACGUUCCUGCAGAGCGCGGCGCGGCUGGUGGGGGCGGUCGGCACCGCCAACACCAGCGCACACGGAAGCACAGGCGCCAAGAAGACAAAGGCGGCCGCGCCCGACGUCGACGUCGACGGCAUGGAUGUGGACGACGUCGACGGCGACACGCUCGUGGGCACCACGUCGACGCCGCCUGUCACGGUGCGGAUUGUCGAGGACAUUGCUGGCGUCAUCCCCGACAGCACGAUCGACAGCUUGGUGGCGGCGAUCCGGCCGCCCAAGAAGAGCGCCGGCACGGGCGCGACGUACAAGCCCGUGGCACAGGUGGUCGAGGACCUGGUGGCGGACGGGUGGAGCGCGGGCCAGGUGGUGGCGCAGCUGUACCAGUCGAUUGUGUACGACGACACGGUGCUGGACGCGCACAAGAACAGGAUCAUGCUGGUGUUUUCCGAAGUGGACAAGCGGCUGGUGGACGGCGCCGACGAGCACCUGUCGAUCCUGGACCUGUCACUGCGGAUCUCGGCCAUCAUGGGCGAGCGGUGA